AUCUCUAAAACUAUCUCACUUCUGAUGCUGAUGCAAUUUCUGUAAACAUUAUGAGUGGGCUGCCUGUUGGCGAUUAGCUUAGAAGAUGACGUUAGUUUAAAACCUGGCCUGUUUCCCAUUUUGUUGGGCCUUCUGCUGCCUACUGAUAAGGCAACGAGGAGUACAAGAGACGUCGCUUAACAAGGAGAUUUUGAGAAAUGAGAUCUUUAUAGACAAGUUCCCUCCCUUUGUGCUCCACACAAAGACUCCACACAAGACUCCUUCAAGCCAAGCGUGGGCAAGGUGGCGUCCACCUGUGCAAAGAAUAUCUAGAUCACCUCCCCAUCCUCUCAUCUUUUUAUUACUGAUUGUCAAAGGAGGAAAAAUGUGCCUACAGUAAUGAGGAAACAUGUGCAGUUUACUUUUGUUCUAAGGAAGAGCAAGUUGGAUGUGAUUCAAGGAGUGUUCUUCAUCAAUGAGUUCCUAUGUGCCUUGAAGACCAGAAUAAGAAAACAAGGGAAGUGAAAAUCUUCAGCUGUGUUUCCAAAAUGAAUUCCUUCCUGUUUAUUUUCACCACUUUCUUAGUUAUUCUACCUGUUAAUAAUGGCAAUCCAAUGCAGCUGACAUUGCUUGGACCACAUCACCCAGUCACUGCCUCUCUGAGGGAGACCAUUGUGCUACACUGUCACCUGUCCCCCAGAACAAAUGUCCAGAAUAUGGAGAUUACUUGGUUCCGCUCCACAAAUUCUUCAUAUGUACACCUUUAUCGCAGUGGCAAAGAUCAUCUGGAACGGCAGCAGCCAGAAUACCAAGGAAGAACAGAAUUUUUAAAAGAUGGCAUUGGGGAUGGAAAGAUUGGGCUGAAGAUUUUUAACAUUAGCCUAUUUGAUGAGGGACACUACCACUGCUCUGUUAAGAAUGGGAGUUUCCAACAGGAAGCCACAUUAGAUAUGAAAGUGACUGCAUCAGGGCCUGCUCCUCUCCUUUCCAUUGAAGGUUAUCAGGACAGAGGGAUCCGGGUGGUUUGUCGUUCCAGUGGCUGGUAUCCAAAGCCUGAGAUCCUGUGGAGAGAGCUCAGUGGGAAUCUUCUAUCUUCGUUGGCAAAAAAAGAUUCACAAAGAAAUGAUGGGACAUUCGAUGUACAAGCUGACAUCAUUCUAAAAGGGAGUUCAAACUUGACUUGUGUCAUUAGAAACAGCCUCCUUGAUUUGGAAAAGGAGUCAACCAUUCACAUAACAAAUCACCUGUUCCCCAAAAUGUCAUCCUGGAUAGUAGCUCUGUGUUUUUCCCUAAUGGCUAUGGUUGGAUUUGCUAUAUUUACUUUUUACCUACUGAACAAAUACAGAAAGCUGGUCACUGAACUGAAUUGGAGGAACAUGGUGAUACCAAUAGAAAAAGCAAACAUAGUUCUAGAUCCAGAAACGGCCAACCAAGAUCUGAUCCUGUCUGCAGACCAGAAAACUGUCAUACAUGGAUUCAUGUGGCAGAGCCGACCAUACAGUCCUAAAAGAUUUAAUAUGGAGCGCUGUGUCCUGGGAAGGGAGGGAUUUUCCUCCGGGAAGCAUUAUUGGGAAAUAGAAGUUGGAGAGGAUGGGUAUUGGGCUUUGGGGGUGGCUAGAAAUUCCAUGAAGAGGGAGGGAAAGCUCAUCCUUGUCCCAGAAGAAGGAAUCUGGGCAGUGGGGAAAGAUCGAAUCCAAUACAAAGCUCUUACCCUACCCAAGAUACCCCUGAUUCUGAAAAAGAAGCCCAGCAAACUGGGAGUUUACUUGGAUUAUGAGAUGGAACUAGUUGCCUUUCAUGAUGUCACUCACCGAAAGCAUAUAUACACUUUCUUCUCAGCCGCGUUCAAUGGGGAAGUGGUCUUCCCCUUCCUAUAUGUAGGGGUAGGGUGCUGGCUUAGGCUGUGUUCUUGAUUACUUUCCUUUAAGAGAGGUUCAAUCAGAAAAUUGAAUGCAGUAGAGUUAUUAUUCACAUUAUGUGGGGCUAGACCAAGACAGGCAGUUCAUUUUCCAUAUCAUGCAAGGGCUGUAGAUUGUCUUAUAGGAAUCACUUCUUCUUACUGCAGCUUUACAAUCAUGGAGAGGGAGGAACCUGUGGGAUCUUGACUAGGUGGAAGGAUGUCACUCACCUCAAGCAAUAAAAAGUUGGAGGCCAGCCUUUUCUAUAUCUUACUUACCUGCUGCUGAUUUACCUCAGGUUGUUUCCUCUACUUGACACACACACCCCGCCCCAAGCUUGGAAGUAGAUCAGGAUGGAGAAACAACCUUGGAGUGAUAGACUAAGGUGGUACAUGUGUAUUAUUAUGUGUAUCAAGUGAGGGGGGGGGCAUUUUUGGCAGUCAGGAAUUAUACUCUAAAAAUUUUUUUUUCUAGCCUCUAUGAGAAUGACAUCUUAGGUUGAAUAUGGUAGUGAGAUAGUGAGGAGUGGGGGCUAAAAUAUUAAGCCUUUAUUUUUAUUUUUUCAGGUCUGCUUUCAAAAUAGACUACUGUAUUAAUGCAAUGGGAGGCUUAAAGCACCUAUCCUGAGGCUUGUGUGUUUUUUUAAAAUAAAAAUAUAAAAAUCUAGGACUGGGUUUGGGAUGCACUAUCUGGAGAGCUCUGGAAAUAGAAUCGAAAGAGGCAGGCUGAACACCAUGCAGUCCAUAGGUUGCCUCGCAUGAGCAAAGGGAAGGGAAUGCACAGGGUGGAAGGAAAGGAAUGGCUACAGGUAGUCCUCGCGUAGCAAUCACAUCUGGAAGUGGCAACUCUAUCGCUAAGAUGAAUGAAGGUGAAUAUACAUGUCCCAGGAUAAUGUGCAAAAUCCAAAUUGGGCCAGUCACUGGGACCAGAGAGUCUUCCAAGCUUUCGGACUGUGCUGGAGCCCAUCCUCGGGGGGAACUUCUUUCUAGCAGUGUUUGUGCUUUGGGCUAUUCCUUGUGUGGUAUUUAGAUGGUACCUGCUGUGUGUGACUAUUUAGUUGUUGAUUGGGGUGUUGAUAGCUGGCUAUUAAGUCAUUGGCUAUCCUUCCCUUGUGCUGUCAAAUCCUCCCCUCAAAGUACUUCAUAAACUGAUGGCAAAUAAGCACUCCUGGUCUAUCUCUAAGUGCCUGGAUCAUUAACUGAGACACCCCAUGACCACAGUUUGCUAAAUUCUUCUUUUUGGGAGUCAUUAUGAAGCAUAUUAAUGGCAAUCUUGGAGCUUCAGGAUGCUGCAAUGGUCAUAAAUGUAAGGGGGUUGGUCACAUUAACUUUGAAUGGUCUCCAAACAAGGCAGUUGGUAAGCAAGGUCUUCUUGCACUGAAAUGACAGAAUAAUUGCAUGCAUGCAAGCAUAUGAGACAGAAAAUCUUUCCUUCGCUCAAAUAACUCCAUCUUUGGGGCACGCCUUUUGUUAAUGCCCCCCACCCUGCCCCAAGCUGGAGCUGAAUGAGAGCAGGAGACUCUGUGAUUUAUGGUACAUCCCGAGUGCUGUUUUAGAGAAAAACAAAAUUAAACUUCAAGAGGAAAUGCUUUGUAUCUGAUUAGUUGUGUCCUCCAAGGAGAGCGUGAGGCAAUUUGGUGGUGAAGCUCAAAAUGCAAUUUUUCUCCACAAUUUUUAAAAGCAAGGGACUUUGGGGGAAGAAAUGUGAAUUGCAGUUGGCUCCGUUUUCACGACUGCAGCAGAGUGAGUAGACCAGUUCUUCAUACUUCCUCUCUGGACAAAGAACAGACUUGAGAGAUGCUCCACACAAUUGCUUCCUAUGAAAAGGCCACAAAAGAGCAGUCUCUGGAGUGUUUAGAGAUCUGGGAGAUGCAGGAAAGCCAGCUUUGCUCAAACUGUGUUCAUUGCCUUCAAAAGAACAGUGGGUUUGCAUAGUUCCUUUUCUAAUCACUUUUGGAAAUUGUUUGUUAACUGCUUUAAUGGGAACAAUAUGCUGGAUCUGUAAACCGCUUAGAGAGGCCUGUAAAGCAGUAUAUAAGUCUAAGUGCUAUUGCUAUUAGGAAGCUUGGAUAAGCAGGUUUUAUAGCACUGUAUGAGUUUCCUUCAAUCCUUAGAGAAAG